UUUCCCAAUGUCAAACAGUGCAAUUUUGGCUUCCAAUAUUUGCAAUUCUAUCAUAAAUUACUAGAGAUUUUAACAUAUACGAUUAUUCUAACAACUGACACAACUACCUAUAUUAAUUUAUUGUUAAGUAAAUGUCCAAUAUUCUCGGACUGCUGCAUUUUUUCUCAGUAUUACACACAUUGUUCACGUGUACUUGUUGGUAUAUAUGCACGCGGUCACGUGCGGUUUUCUGUGAAACCGUAUUAAGACGAGACGGUUCAGUUUGCAGAGGAAAAUAUAUUAUCAUCUGUAUCCAUCUUUUUCCUAAGAAGAUAAAGCUCCAGCCAGAGAAUAUCCAUCCGGAUUGUGAUGACGACUUCCGCUGAGUCCCCCAACACAAGUCCUAAUGGAGGGCUGGCACGACCACCAAUCAACAAACACAUCCUCCAAAACCAGUUCAGUGUAGACUCUGUCCAUGGUGGAGGUUCCACGAGACGCCGGAGAACUACUUCCGGUGGAAGUUGGCACAGGCAAUCGAGUCUUAGUCUACAUCACUGGGACUCUUACAAAGUAAUAAAGACAGAUGUUGACGAACCCCUGGACGAACACCCCGAUAUACAAAUUUCGCAUACAGAAGUGCCGUGGUGGACAUCUCAUAGAGUGCGCCUGUCCUUUCUCUGUUUUAUGGGAUUCUUCUGUCUGUAUGCUAACCGGGUCAAUUUGAGUGUGGCCAUAAUAUGUAUGGUCAAGCAGGAAAUGACCAACGAUACUGGUGUUAACAUCCAGAAAUUCGCUAAUGAUACUGACCAUGUAACUAUCCGGAACUAUAGUUAUACAUCUGGAUUAGUUACACAAAACAAAUCGUCAGGAAACCUUGAGGUACGACAAGUUCGUGUCUGUCCAACGUCCGCGUGGUCAAGUCAAUCACAGGAAGGGGAAUUCGAAUGGGACAAAUUUCUCCGUGGAUUUUUACUGGGAGCCUUUUUCUGGGGCUACACUAUCAUGCAGAUUCCUGCUGGCUGGUUGGCAGAACGAUACGGUCCUCGUGGGACUGUCUUUGGUGGGAUGUUGCUUGUGUCGACGCUCACGUUACUUACACCGCUUCUCGCCAGGGGGAGCCCCUAUCUACUUCUAGUUGGAAGAGUGCUGAUAGGUGUCGGCGAGGCGAUGAUGUAUCCCGGGGCACAGGUCCUGUGGGCGAAGUGGGCUCCUCCAGAGGAACGGAGUCGACUUGUCGGUUUCUCCUUCGGAGGAUGUCAACUGGGGAAUGCCCUAGCGUUUCCUGUAGCGAGCCUUCUGUGUCAGUACGGAUUUGACGGAGGCUGGCCCGCCAUAUUCUACGUCCUGGGUGGCAUGGCUCUGAUCUGGACGAUAGUAUGGCUGGUAUGUGUUCGGAACACACCUGCAGAAAAACCGGGAAUAUCCGACCUCGAAGUUCGGUAUAUCGAGAGUUCGCUUGGAUAUGUGAUAUCUCCGAAGAACUCCGACAAGAAGAAACAUCCUAUACCAUGGAAAGCUAUGCUGACGUCACUUCCUGUUUGGGCUAUAUUGGUGGCUAACUUCUGCGGCAACUACGGAGCAUAUAUGUUGCUAACGCAAAUGCCGACAUACAUGAAGGAAGUUCUUCACUUUGAUAUUAAGUCGAACGGGGUGUUUUCCAUGAUUCCUUAUAUUGUAUUUUGGAUUUUCGUCAUUAUUGCUGCCUUCUUUGCCGAUUUCUUCAUAUCCAAGAACAUUUUGUCUAUUGAAUGGACAAGGAAGCUGUGCGGUUCAAUAGGGAUGUUUGUCCCCGCUAUUUUCCUCAUUGCCGUUGGUUACAUGGACUGUUACCAUCAGAUCGAGGCUGUCGCUUUGUUGACAUUGUCCUUGGCGUUCUGUGGCUUUCAAUUCGCCUCUUUCUUUGUGAACCACGCCGACAUUGCUCCGAACUACGCUGGAACUAUUUUUGGAAUAACAAACACUGGCGCAAGCGUCCCUGGUAUCCUUGCGCCGUACGUUGUCAGUUCAAUCACACAGAAUAAAACACCAGGAGAAUGGAGGGUGGCCUUUUACAUCGCCGCAGCCAUCUAUGUGUUUGGUGGUAUAUUUUACAUCGUGUUUGCCCAAGGGAGGAUACAAUCUUGGUCUUCAGAGGAAGAAGAUGUCGAUGAUGAUAUGAAUAUCGGCUUAAAGGAUCUUUCUGAAAACACGAAGAAUUUGCUUAGUAAUGAGGAAAAGACUGAAGCCAAUGGCAAUCGUGAAGCAUGAACAUUUAUAUUUCAAAGCAAAGUUUCUUAAGCAUUGCUUUUAACUAUUGAAGUGCGUAUAAACUCAUAUCUAAAUAGCUUAAACAUAGUUUAUAAUGGAUGCGAAAGAGAUUUCCUGCCAAGGCGAGUGGGACUUAGAAUAUCGUCUCUUGGCUAUCGAAGGCACUGUGCUGAACAAGUAUUAUUAUUUUGAUGUAUACUAUGUGUAUAAAGUAUUUGUAGGAGUCACCAGAAUUAUCACUUUGCACAUUACUUCUUUAGAACAUGAGGCCAACAGACAAAAAACACGAUGAGAGCCUUUGCCCACAGCCAAUCAACAUGUGUUCCGUUAUAGGCUAUUAGGGAAGUGAAAAUACUCGACAACGUGAUAGAAACUAUGCGCAUGUAUCAAUCUAAUGUAAAACCGUCCUGAUAUGAGCAAUCAAUGGGUCCUCUAGAGGAGAUAGACAGUAACACAGUCAGUAUUAUGUAGGGUAGAAUAUCCUUAGUACAGCAACGGCCAACGUAAUAGUGAUGUAUUUUGUUUCUGAAGUGCGGUACCUCGGUAUAAGCACGGUUGUAUCUGCAAUACCUAUAUACAAACAGUGAUUCUUUAUAUACUUAAUUGCAUUUUCAAUUGAGAAAAAUACUCGAUUUCAUAUGUAAUAUGAUCUUUUCUUAAGAAACCAGACCAAAUAGCAGCAAGUUGGGGAAAGAAUAGGCAUGCUAUAAACCACUGUAAUAUCCAAGAUUUUUUUCUGUGUCUUCUGCUGAAGGGGGCUUGGAAGGAACCAUGAUUGAUAUGCUUUCCCCAUUGAAAAACUUCAUCUUUUUCUUUACUUUCUCUCGUGCCUUUUCUGUCUUUUCCGCUUGGGGUUUCUUCAUAUGGCCGUUGCUCGAUUGCAACGGCCAAAAGUUAAUCCCCAAAGCGAACAAAAUAAACAAACUCGAAAACACCAUCUCGACGAGCAUGGUUCCAUAGUUUUGGAGUAGUUAAUUGUUAUAUAAAUUAAUGUGAUAAUGUUAUUUAUAUUUUUGUUCGGUAACCAAAGACUAACUAGAUUUCACUGAUACUUUCCCGAAACUUGUGUGAGGAAAGAAAUUGAAGGCGAUAUUUUUAUGGCUGAUUCAUUGAGUUCAUAAUGUUUAAAAAAGAUACAGUUUAUUAAGAAAUAAUUUGAAAUAUCAAAAUAGAGUUUAUUUUCGAUUGUCAUGUCAGCAUGAACUGCAGACACUUGCAUCCCAUGAAGUUCGGUAGAAGAUAUGUUUUGAUAUUCAUUGUGCAUUUAUUGUAUCAUUCAUAUAGACUGUAAAUGUCAUAUCAUAUCACAGUUUAUUGCUUAUAUUCAUCGUUUUUUAAUAUCAUUGAUACAUAUGCUUGUUAAAAUUACGCGUUAGUGUAUGUACCGUGUAUGCUUGUUCAGUGUAGCACAGCCACCUUCCAUAGAGCGUCUGUGGUAUCUAGCUUGAAAAUUGUGACGGUAUAACUUGUAACGAUUACGUCAUGAUAACGCCAACACGUGGGCCAUGACAUUUACAGUCCAAAUGAAUGCCGGAGAGAUCAUACAGCGGUAAAUAGUGAGCGUCGCAGUAUAUAUAUAAAGUAGUACAUUACAUGUACUGCGAUGUCCACUUAUAUUAUACAUCUUCUGUUUUAUAUAUAGCAUCUGACAUGAAUUUGUGAUGCCAUAUAUAGUUUUAGCCCGAGAUGUCUGGUGUGCACACGUCAAAAUGUCCAAGUCUGGUGCCAGGGCCAGAGGAAACUCGGGCUGAUGUAUUUUAUGAUGCGAGGUUGUGAGUUCGAUCUAAAUGUGAUCAUUUUUGACGUACAGAACACAUUCCAAAGAUGUCUGUUGUGCUGUUCUAUUGAUACGAAAGUGUUCUUGUUUUAAAGAUGUGUGGAUCCUCAUAGGUUUGUGUUGCAAGGGACCAUCGCAUACGGUCUUAGCUGCAGGUAGGCAUAUCCGUAUGUACUGUGGAACACAGUACGAAGGGCGAUAACUCCCACUGAAUCGUUCGACACCGAUUUCUGUUCUAAUUGAAUGUCAUAAUUUUGUAAGGACCAUAUCAAAAUAUUGCUUUACAUAACAUAUAUGUACCUGCAGAUACUAAUAUAUUAUAUGACUAUUAGAAGACUGCUUUCAAUUUGAUGAUUAGGUUAUUCGUUAAUAUAUCAACAUUACACGUUUGAACAUUAUUAUUAGAUAUUUUGAAUACGUCGAAAUCUCUGUAAUCUAGAACAGCACCUUUAUCCUUUGUACAAACGAUGCGAUUUUCAUUUAAAACGAGAAUUAACUUUAUACGCUAACAAACAUUCUGACAGCACUAUGUAGAAUUGGUGAUAUUUACAGAUAAAAUGUUGUUGAUAUUUAUAUUAUUUUUAUUAGAUAUGUGGUUUGUUGCGUUGAUUGUAUAUUUUCGUCUCUAUCUUUUUUUAAUAAAAUUUUAAAA